AUAGCAAAUAGCCAAAUUGCAAAUGAUUGUCUUCCAUUUGGUUUUCUCAUAUUACCCCCAAAUUAUUCUUAAACAUGUUUCACGAAAUUAUUUCCUCCAAAUUUUAUCUUAUCUUCUCAAUUAUUAUCAGCUAAACUACUUCAAAGUAAUUUCCUAGUACUCUUAUAAAUACGACCAUAUUUUUGCCUAACUUGUUUUUUGAUAUGAGCUUUUUGAAAAGUCACUUUGCUUAUCGUUCACUCUUCACACUAUUACUACUUCAUUCUAUCUUUCCAUUUUCUCUGUAAUUAACAAAUUAAUUAUUCAGAUUUAGAUUCAGAUUCAAUUUUGGAAAAAAGAUACUUCAUUUCAAUGGAUAGCUUCGAGUUCAGGUAUGUAAAUUGUUGCAAAAGGUACAAGGUGUUGCCUAAUCCUGCUAUUUUGAGCUCUCUUUCCAAGGUUGAGUGUCAGAAAUCUUUUGAAAGGCUAAGUAACCUUGUCAUUGUACUGGACCACCUGAAGGAUGCUGAUCUCUUGCCUCUUAUUGAUAUGAUCAAUGCAAUGAGCUCUUCCGAUGUUGAUGCUGUUGAUAUACUUAAUGAAUCACCUUGCAUUCUAAAUGAAGAUCAGGUUCUUUCACUGAUGUGUGCAGCCAACCAGAAACUCCGUACAGUUAGUCUUCAAGAUUUGCCAUUUACAAAACGCUUCUUGAGGUAUCUAUUUCGAAGUGGUUUGUGUUGUCAACUUUUAAAGCUGAGCUCUUCUAGUCUUCAGAAACUUGACAUGGUUGGAAGCUUUAUGCAAUUACGAAAGCUCAAUUUAGACUUUUGCACCUCACUGACUACCUUACACAAGGAUUGUUUCUCUGACAUGCCCAACUUAAUGCAUCUUUCUAUGUGUGAGACAAGAGUUGCUAAUCUCUGGACUACUACCACUGCCCUGUCUAAGCUUCCUUCACUUGUAGAACUUCGAUUUCAGAACUGUUUGUGCUGUGAAGAUACUGGUCCAUGCCCUGCAUAUUCUACCAAUAGAUUUGGUUUUCGUGUCAGAAACUCUGAUUAUCCCACUGGGCAGCCUAAUACAUGUUAUGAUAAUCUACAAAAUUUAAGCUUAUUGGAUUUAUCAUCUGAUCCCCAUUCUGGUUUGGAAAAGACUUUCCGUGAUGAGUCCAACAUACAAGAUGGGUAUGAUUUUGACCUCAAUGAAGGCGUAACAGUUGCUUCUGCAAGAAAGAAGUACAUUUCACAUCAUCCUUCACCUUUAUGCUUUGAGAAAUAUUAUAGGGAGUUCAUGAUUGCUUCCUUGCCGCGGUUAGAGGUUUUAGACAAUUUACCUAUUGGAAAGAAGGACAAAAAACUAGCUCAGGUGAUACAUUCAACAUAUUUUGAAAACUUGCCAUAUAAAAGACAUGCAGAAGAGAAUGUUUCCCGCAUCCUUCAUAAUCGUGAAAUAGCAUCCAGUAGAACUCCCUUUAAGUCAAAGCAAUCUUCUUUCCAUAGGAAGAAUCAGCAGAGUUUUUCACGGUCUCUUUGUGCAGCCAAGUUAGGUGCCUCACCAUGGCCACAUUUAAAUUCCCUCUCUAGUAUUAGCUUCGCUACAAAUGAAGAGAGCAGGAGGUUCCGUCCUAGGCAAUUUGAAUAUCAUCCUUCCGAUUCUAGCCUUAUGGCUUUUGGAACUUUGGAUGGAGAAGUGGUGGUGAUCAACCAUGAGAAUGGCAAGAAAAUUGCUUACAUGCCACCCUUGGGAGCAAGGAAUAGCAUUUUGGGUCUAUGUUGGCUUAAGAAGUACCCCUCCAAGGUACUUGCUGGUUCUGAUAACGGUUUGCUAAGAUUGUAUGACAUCAGUAACACUUCGGCAAAGGGUGCAGAUUCCUGUUAUGAUCGUGUUUUUAACGCCUCUGAUAAGUUUGAGCAGUUGACUUCAGUCCAUAUCAACUCAACUGAUGAAAUGCUUCUUGUGAGUGGUUACACAAGAAAUGUAGCCAUGUAUGAUAUGGUUACUGGAAAACGCUCACAGUUAUUCGGUGAUCUACAUCAAGAGCCCAUUAAUGUUGCCAAGUUUUCCCAUCUCUCCCCAUUUAUGUUUGCGACUUCAUCAUUUGAUCAUGAUGUGAAAAUGUGGGAUAUUAGACAAAAAAUGGUCCGACCUUGCUAUACUGCUACUAGCUCAAGAGGCAAUGUGAUGGUUUGCUUCUCCCCCGAUGACCAGUAUCUGCUUGUGUCAGCUGUAGAUAAUGAGGUGAGACAACUUUUGGCUGCUGACGGGAGACUGCACACAGACUUUGGUAUUGCUUCAAGUGGAAGUUCACAGAACUAUACACGUUCAUAUUACAUGAAUGGGAGCGACUAUAUUAUUACAGGCAGUUCUGAUGAACAUGUUGUCCGCAUUUGCUGUGCUCAGACAGGAAGGCGACUGAGAGAUGUUUAUUUUGAGGGGAAAGGCUCAGACAAAGCAAUGUUCGUGCAGUCCUUGAGGAGUGAUCCUUUCAGGCCGUUCAACAUGAGUAUCUUAGCUUCUUAUGCACAAUCAAACUCCAAGUGUGAAAUAAUCAAGGUAAAUUUGCUAUCAUCUAGUGAGGAAGGUGAAGACGAUUCUUACUUACAGCAGUCCUGCCCGUCUUUUAGCCUUGGUGGUUGAUCUUAGUAAAUAUAUAUCAUACGAAGUUUGUAAUGUAUAAUGGUAUAAAUUUUAUCUGCAAUUCUACAUAAUUACAUCUUCAUAUUCGAAGGUCAUUGCUGAAUCAGUUUUUAGUACCAUGGCCUCUGUAUCUCAGGUCAGGAUCAAAUCUUCCUCUGAAGAAUUGAGAUAGUUUCUAGUUUGUACAUAGGUUUCCUGUAUGAGUGUGUUGUUGUACAUUACCUUAGUCCAUAUAAUUAUAUGAAGUAUUUUUUCUACACUGUAUGUUAUAUUGUUACGGAUAUGCAGAGAUUAGUAAUUGAUCAUGUAAAUAUACGAAGUAUUUUUUUCC